GUCAGAACAGUGCAGAGCCCACUUUUGGUAUCCAGUUUCACAGGUCUUCCAGCUGACUGGAUGUUGCUUUUGCUUGAUCACAUUCAGGUUUGUAAAGCGUGUGUAUAUAAUACACUGAAAUUCUUUUCCAGGACACAUGAGAUGGCCACAGAUGACAGACAAUCUCCAACACUGGACUCUGUCAGUGAUCUGCCCCGCUCUCCUAGCAGUCCCUCUCAUCUCACUCAUUUCAAACCAUUGACUCCUGAUCAAGAUGAGCCUCCUUUUAAAUCUGCCUACAGCUCCUUUGUAAAUCUCUUUCGUUUUGGCAAAGAUGAUGGUAGACUUUCAUCUCCUGCAGAGAGUGGCCAGGGUGAGCAGCAGGCACUGAGUGGGACUUGGUCCAGUCCUCAGCAUACCUCAAGGGCCCAGUCUCUGAGGUCCCCUGUUCCAUACAAAAAGCAGCUUACUGGGGAGCUACAACGCAGAGCGUCUGCAACUUUAGACACACGGAGGAAAGUGGAACCUUCUCUCAGUGGCCAUGAUCCUCGGACAGCUGUUCAGCUCAGAAGCCUCAGCACGGUCUUAAAACGUCUCAAAGAAAUCAUGGAAGGGAAAAGCCAGGAUAGUGAUUUAAAGCAGUACUGGAUGCCAGACAGCCAGUGUAAAGAAUGUUAUGACUGUAGUGAGAAAUUCACCACCUUCCGGCGCAGACACCACUGUCGGCUGUGUGGGCAGAUCUUCUGUAGCCGAUGCUGCAACCAGGAAAUCCCUGGAAAAUUUAUGGGUUACACAGGGGAUCUCCGAGCUUGCACUUACUGCCGCAAAAUAGCUUUAAGCUAUGCGCACUCCACAGACAGUAACUCCAUUGGGGAAGACUUAAAUGCUCUAUCUGAUUCUACCUGUUGUGUAUCUGUACUGGAACCUGGGGAGCCACGUACUCCUGUUGGGAGUAGAAAAGCUAGCCGAAAUAUCUUUUUGGAGGAGGAUCUUACUUGGCAAAGUCUGAUUCACCCAGACUCUUCAACUACCACACUGUCAACACGCCUUGUGUCUGUACAGGAGGAUCCAGGGAAGUCUCCUGCUCGAAACAGAUCGGCCAGCAUUACUAACCUGUCACUGGAUCGGUCUGGUUCACCCAUGGUGCCUGCAUACGAGACAUCUGUCAGUCCCCAGGCUAAUCGCACGUAUUUGAAAGCAGAGACCAAUGAGGAUGAGCGCAAAAUUCUUCUGGACUCUGUCCAGUUAAAGGAUUUGUGGAAGAAAAUUUGCCAUCACAAUAGUGGAAUGGAGUUUCAGGACCAUCGCUAUUGGCUGCGGACACAUCCCAACUGCAUUGUGGGAAAGGAAUUAGUCAACUGGCUCAUCAGAAAUGGACACAUUACCACAAGAGCUCAAGCCAUCGCAAUAGGACAAGCACUGGUAGAUGGACGCUGGCUGGAUUGUGUCAGUCACCAUGAUCAGAUCUUUAGAGAUGAAUAUGCUCUGUACAGACCACUACAGAGCACAGAAUUCUCAGAAACCCCCUCUCCAGACAGUGAUUCGGUGAACUCCGUAGAGGGGCACUCCGAGCCAUCCUGGUUCAAAGACAUCAAGUUUGAUGACAGUGACACGGAACAGAUUGCUGACGAAGGGGAGGAUAACUUGGCCAACUCUGCCAGCCCUAGCAAGCGCACAUCAGUCAGCAGCUUCCAGUCCGCAAUGGACAGUGACUCAGCCGCUUCCAUCAACCUGAACGUGGAGCUGGACAACGUGAACUUCCAUAUCAAGAAGCACUCCAAGUACCCACAUGUGCCCCCUCACCCUGCCGACCAAAAAGAGUACUUGAAUCCUGACAACGGAGGGCAACAGAUGAUCUCAAUAAGUGACGCAUUCAUCAAGGAGUCACUGUUCAAUCGGAGGGUGGAGGAGAAAUCCAAAGAGCUGUUUUUCACACCUUUAGGCUGGCACCACAGCAAUCUGGAUCUGCUGAGGGAAGAGAAUGGGGAGAAACAAGCUAUGGAGAGGCUUCUCUCAGCUAAUCAUAACCACAUGAUGGCACUGCUUCAGCAGCUACUCAACAAUGAGUCAUUGUCAUUAUCCUGGAGGGAUAUCAUUGUGCCUGUGGUCUGCCAGGUAGUUCAGACUGUCCGACCUGAUGUCAAGAACAGAGACGAUGAUAUGGAUAUCCGCCAGUUUGUCCACAUAAAAAAAAUCCCAGGUGGAAAGAAAUUUGACUCUGUGGUGGUGAAUGGCUUUGUUUGCACCAAGAACGUUGCACACAAAAAGAUGAACACCUAUAUAAAAAAUCCCAAAAUUCUUCUGCUGAAGUGUUCCAUCGAGUACCUGUACCGAGAAGAAACAAAAUUCACCUGCAUAGACCCCAUUGUUCUUCAGGAAAGGGAGUUCUUGAAGAACUAUGUGCAGCGGAUAGUGGAUGUCAGGCCUACCCUGGUUCUGGUUGAGAAGACUGUGUCCCGAAUUGCCCAGGACAUGCUGCUGGAACAUGGCAUCACUCUGGUCAUCAAUGUCAAGCCGCAAGUAUUAGACCGAAUAAGUCGGAUGACUCAGGGAGACUUGGUGAUGUCAAUGGAUCAAUUGUUGACCAAACCACACUUGGGAACCUGUCAUAAAUUUUACAUGCAAGUGUUCCAGUUACCUAAUGAUCAAACCAAAACCUUAAUGUUUUUUGAAGGGUGCCCCCCACACUUGGGCUGCACCAUCAAGCUGCGUGGAGCUGCAGACUAUGAACUGACCCGAGUGAAGGAGAUCCUUAUCUUUAUGGUCUGUGUGGCUUAUCAUUCCCAGCUGGAAAUUUCUUUCCUUAUGGACGAGUUUGCCAUGCCCCCAUCUCUGACUAAAAACCACUCCUUCCACACACUGAUUGAAAGCCAAGGAGAUGAAAAUGGGCACCAAGACCUCUUUAAUGGUGAGGAGUUUAGCACAAUGGUCAGAGAUGUUGAGCUCUCUACUGAAAAAGUGCCCAUGGUCUCUGAGUCUGUCUCUUCCGAUGAAGCCAGCACACUAGAACAAAGAACUUUGUUUGAAGAAGAGGAUCAAGAUGAUGAUGAUGUCCUACGAGAGGGUUCCUCUUUAAGGCACCAAGAGCAUCUCAGAAUGGAAUAUUCACUGCCAGUGUCGAGCAAUAUUACAACACCAGUACCAGAAUCACGGCUACCCUUCCAUAAUAUGGACCAACACCCAGGCACUGUAUAUAGUCAGCCUCUGGAGACUCUGCAGCAGCCAGGUGACCUGCAGGAUUCCAAAAGCCAGAUGAGAGUCUUUAGAGACCCUCUGCAGGAUGACACUGGUUUGUAUGUCAUGGAGGAGGUGACUUCCUCCGAGGAUCGCCUCAAGGCCUACUCCUCAGCAUUUAAGCAGGAGCUGAAAGAUGUUAUUCUCUGUAUCUCACCUGUGAUCACAUUCCAUGAACCUUUUCUUCUAACAGAGAUGGGCAUGAGGUGCCCUGCCCGGGACUACUUCCCAGAGCAGGUAUAUUUGUCUCCUUUCCUCAACAAAGAGUAUAAGGAGCUGGAGAGCAGAAGGAAGAAACAGCUGUUAAGGGAUCUCUCUGGACUGCAAGGGAUAAAUGGAAGUAUCCAGGCAAAGGCCAUCCAGGUUUUGCCCACCCAUGAGCUAGUUAACACUAGAAUUGCAGAGCAUCUGGGUGAUAGCCAAAGCUUGGCCAGAAUGCUGGCAGAUUACCGGGCCAGAGGAGGAAGGAUACAACAGAAAAAUGCAGAUCCCUUUGCCCAGUGUAAAGAUGCAUCUGGUGUUCCUGGAGGCAAAUUUGGAGGCAGAAAUGAAGAGGAUGAGAGAGGAUUGGUUCGGGGUGAAUCUGUGUGGUCUCAUAAGGUGGACUGUCUGAGUCCAGUAAACCAUCAGAGGCUCUGUGUUCUUUUCAGCAGCUCCUCUGCCCAGUCCAGCAAUGCUCCAAGUGCCUGCGUUAGCCCAUGGAUUGUGACGAUGGAGUUCUAUGGGAAGAACGACCUCACUCUAGGAGUGUUUUUAGAGCGGUAUUGUUUCAGGCCUUCCUAUCAAUGCCCCAGCAUGUUUUGUGAAACACCGAUGGUGCACCACGUUCGUCGCUUUGUCCACGGGCAAGGCUGUGUGCAGAUCAUACUGAAGGAGCUAGACUCCCCAGUCCCUGGAUACCAGCACACAAUCCUUACCUACUCCUGGUGUAGAUUGUGCAAACAGGUCACACCAGUUGUCCCACUUUCCAAUGAUUCUUGGUCCAUGUCAUUUGCAAAAUACCUUGAAUUGAGAUUCUACGGGCACCAGUACACGCGAAGAGCCAAUGCAGAGCCUUGCGGUCACUCCAUACACCAUGACUAUCACCAGUAUUUCUCAUAUAAUCAGAUGGUGGCAUCUUUCAGCUAUUCUCCAAUCCGGCUGCUAGAGGUAUGUGUCCCACACCCCAAAAUCUACAUCAAACGUCAAGCUCCGCUAAAGGUUACUAUUCUGCAGGAUCUGAAGGAUUUCUCUCAAAAGGUAUCACAGGUGUAUCUUGCUGUUGAUGAUCGUCUCACUUCUUUGAAAACUGAUACUUUCAGUAAAACAAGGGAAGAGAAGAUGGAGGACCUUUUUGCACAAAAAGAGAUGGAAGAGGUAGAGUUCCGGAACUGGAUUGAGAAGAUCCAAGCAAGGAUGCUUUCACCUUCAUUGGACACCUCUCAGCAGUUGCAGUCAGUCUUUGAGUCUCUGAUAGCUAAAAAACAGAGCCUCUGUGAGAUGCUGCAGGCCUGGAAUAACAGAUUACAGGAUCUCUUCCAGCAGGAGAAGGGUAGAAAACGCCCCUCAGUACCACCGAGCCCUGGAAGACUGAGACAAGGUGAAGAAAACAAGAUCAGUGCAAUGGACGCCUCUCCCCGCAAUGCAUCUCCAGCCCUACAGAAUGGAGAAAAAGACGACCGUUUCUUGACAACCCUGUCAAGUCAGAGCUCCACAAGCUCCACCCACCUCCAGCUUCCUACCCCACCUGAAAUUGUGUCAGAGCAGCUGACAGGGGGGCCUUCCUUUGCCAGUUCACUCUCUGAACCAGACACCACCAGUAGCUCAGAAGAUGUAUUUGAUGGACACUUGUUGGGAUCUACAGACAGCCAGGUGAAGGAGAAAUCUACUAUGAAAGCUAUUUUGGCAAAUUUGUUGCCUGGAAACAGCUAUAAUCCCAUUCCAUUCCCCUUUGACCCAGAUAAGCACUACCUAAUGUAUGAACAUGAACGGGUACCCAUUGCAGUCUGUGAAAAGGAACCAAGCUCCAUCAUAGCUUUUGCGCUCAGUUGCAAAGAAUACAGAAAUGGCUUAGAUGAGUUAUCCAAAGCAUCUCUGAAGAGCAGUUCUGAAGAAGGGCUUCCACCAAACAGUAUGUCGGACAACAAACCAAAGAGCAGCAGCCCAGUCCGAUUGCCUGAGACUAAUGUGGGACAGGCAAACCGCACGGCCGAAGCAGAACAGCCAAAAAAGGUUUCCGGAGUUCUGUCCUUCUUCCGUGGCACAGGAGGGAAGAGCCCUGAUCUGUCUGCCCAGAAGAAAGAGACCUUACGUGGUGCAGAUAGUGCCUACUACCAGGUUGGACAGAUGGGCAAGGAGGGUCCGGAGAGCCAAGGAGCAGAGACUCAAGAUGAAGCAGAUGGAGGAGAUGCACAAAAGAAGCAGCUAGCAAAUCCUCAUGUGGAACUUCAGUUUUCAGAUGCUAAUGCCAAAUUCUAUUGCCGGAUUUAUUAUGCCGGGGAGUUCCAUAAGAUGCGUGACGUGAUACUCGGGAGCCGUGAGGAGGACUUCAUCCGCUCCCUGUCUCACUCUCUGCCCUGGCAGGCCCGUGGAGGCAAGUCAGGAGCUGCGUUCUAUGUGACGGAAGAUGACAGAUUCAUUUUGAAGCAGAUGCCCCGUCUGGAGGUCCAGUCCUUCCUUGACUUUGCCCCACACUACUUCACUUACAUCACUAAUGCUGUUCAGCAGAAGAAACCAACAGCACUGGCCAAAAUACUUGGAGUGUAUCGGAUUGGAUACAAGAACUCUCAGAACAACACUGAGAAAAAGCUGGAUCUGCUUGUCAUGGAAAACCUUUUCUAUGGCAGAAAAAUGGCUCAGGUGUUUGACCUGAAGGGCUCCUUGCGGAACAGAAAUGUGAAAACAGACACUGGGAAGGAAAGCUGCGACGUUGUCCUGCUAGAUGAAAAUCUCUUGAAGAUGGUACGGGACAACCCUCUGUAUAUCCGCUCUCACUGCAAGGCUGUGCUGAGGGCUUCCAUCCACAGCGAUUCCCACUUUCUUUCCAGCCACCUCAUCAUUGACUAUUCUCUGCUGGUUGGCCGCGAUGAUACUAGCAAUGAGCUGGUGGUUGGGAUCAUUGAUUACAUUCGCACCUUUACCUGGGACAAAAAGCUUGAAAUGGUGGUGAAGUCAACAGGCAUCCUGGGAGGACAAGGUAAAAUGCCAACUGUGGUCUCUCCAGAACUGUACCGGACCAGGUUUUGUGAAGCAAUGGACAAGUAUUUCCUGAUGGUGCCAGAUCAUUGGACAGGGCUGGGUCUGAAUUGCUGA